GCGCAGCACUUACCCUGAGCAGCUGUGCUCCUCAUCUGUGAUGCUAAACAUUGUCAGCACUGAUCUUCAUCCUUUUGUUUUUAAUAGGUAUUGUUGUGCACUGGGGCUAAAUACCCUUUGACAUUUGAUUGGUCUGUAAAGAAGCUUGUUUCCAGGCAAAAUGGGGAAACAGAAUAGUAAGCUGGCCCCUGAGGUGAUGGAGGAUCUGGUGAAGAGCACGGAGUUCAAUGAACACGAGCUAAAACAGUGGUACAAAGGAUUUCUAAAGGACUGUCCAAGUGGUAGACUGAACCUUGAGGAGUUCCAGCAGCUCUACGUAAAAUUCUUUCCAUAUGGAGAUGCUUCUAAGUUUGCCCAGCACGCCUUCCGAACCUUUGAUAAAAACGGAGAUGGGACCAUCGACUUCAGAGAGUUCAUUUGUGCCCUGUCCAUCACCUCACGAGGCAGUUUUGAGCAAAAGCUGAACUGGGCCUUCAACAUGUAUGACUUGGAUGGUGAUGGUAAAAUUACAAGAGUGGAAAUGCUGGAAAUUAUAGAGGCCAUCUACAAAAUGGUGGGCACUGUGAUAAUGAUGAAAAUGAAUGAGGAUGGCCUGACGCCUGAGCAACGGGUAGACAAGAUCUUCAGUAAGAUGGAUAAGAACAAAGACGAUCAGAUCACACUGGAUGAGUUCAAAGAAGCUGCAAAGAGUGAUCCGUCCAUUGUAUUACUCCUGCAGUGUGACAUUCAAAAAUGAGCUUGUGUACGACGCGUCAUAGACUGCACAGAAGUUUAAUGUUCCAUUCAGUUUGCAGCUAUUUCCACACACACAAAAAUUUGCUUGGACUACCUAUAAAUGGACUUGCUUCUUGUGUUUGAAACACUUGUGUGCAUGAGAAUGUCAUUUGCUAAAGAAUUUUAAAAGUAUAUAUUAUAAAAAUAAACUGCCACAACGUGAUGUGUGCAAUGUCAUUUCAUAACAACCCUCUUCCUCUGAAUCCUGUGCAGCAGGCCUGUGCUGCAGUGAAUUAUAUUAUUUAUUGUUCAUGUUUUACUGAUGCUAGCUCUGUGUCUCCUAGACUGAGUAAUGUUAGUGACACUGAAUUCCCAUGGUAAUGUUAACUGUUUAUUAUAAAUCAUGUCACCAUUCUGCUGUAAAGUAGUACUGGACAGACAGAAGGGAAGAGCUUCUCGGCUCCCAGGUCUGAUCCACACGUGCUUGUAUUGUCAGUGGAUAUAAAUGUACUUCAUUUGCAUGCCUUUUAGGUUUGCCUUAAUUCUUACCUCAUUUGCAUCCCUUCAAUAUGGAAAGAGCUAUGUCAGAGGAAUGCAGUAUAUUAAAAAAAAAAAGAAAAUCCUGCUAAAAUCAACCCUUUAAUUAAGAAUAUAUAUAAAUAUAUAUAUAUAUAAUGUUUAAAAUAUUGUUUUAUUGCAAGUUUAAAGGUUUUAUUGGAAGUGUAUUGAUCUUUGCCAGAAUUUUCAAAAGCUUCCACAGAGGUUGCAAUAUAUAUGUCCCAAAAUAAAUUUAUAACAUUUGACCUUUUCCCCUAAUUCUUAUUUCAUGUCUUCAGCAUGGUAAUAAAAAAAGAAAAAGUUCAA